UCCAGGCUACCAAGUUUUCACUUAAAAAGAAUCAACGGAUCCAAUUUUUAUUUCUCUUCUUUUCCUAUCUCCCCAAUCUUGAUCUCUGAUUUUCUAGAACUGGAUUCACUAGUAUAAGUUGAUAGCUCUCUCUGAUUCUGAUUCUUGAAAAUGGGUUCAUCGUUUUUCAAAAAGCAGAGAACUGUUCAUCAGAUUCUUGGAGGAGGUUUUGUUGCAGAUGUGAUGCUAUGGAGAAGGAGAGAUCUAACAUGGGGAAUUUUGAUUGUGACUUUGGCUGCUUGGAUGAUGUUUGAGAUUUCCGGUUAUACACUUCUGUCAUUUACCUCAAAUGUGUUCUUGCUAUUAUUCACAAUACUUUUCCUGUGGGCAAAAUCAGCUGCAAUUUUGAACAGAGCUCCUCCUCCACUGCCUCAUCUCCAUCUCUCACAAGAAAGUGUAAAUGAAGCAUCCACUUUGAUACACAAUGUCAUAAACACAUCACUCUCCAUAUCGGAAGACAUUGCCCUCGGAAGAGAUUCAAAGGCGUUUGUGAGACUUGUACUUGUGCUCGUCACGAUCUCCGUGAUCGGGAGCCUCGCGAGUUUCCUCAUCCUAACGUACAUUAGUCUUGUCCUUGUUCUUACCGUUCCACCAGUUUAUGAAAGAUAUGAGCUCCAAAUUGAUGAUUAUGCUGGGAUGGCCUACACAAAAAUGCAGCACUUAUAUACGAGAAUACACCAACUACACAUCUCCUCCAUCAUUCAUAAACGGAAGAUAAAUUGAGCUGAUUAAAUCGAUCUCUUUUGUGUUCUCCUCAAAUUUUGCUUUUAUGUUUGUUCACUGCAAACGAACAUCAUAUAAACAACCAAAUCUUAUUAUCAGAUGUUAUGUCUUAUUUUUGGA